AGGAGCUCAAUAGGGACGACGACGAUGCAGUUUUUGCACCGCUUUGCAAUAGGAGAGUGAAUCUUUGGGUCUUCAUCCAUAGCAAAAUUUGCACUUGCUGAUCCAACUAGCAUAACAUUCAACAUUGAACUCUUGCCGAGACGGUUAUGCCGUUUCUCACUAAAAAGUCUCAACUCUGAAGAAACAGAGGUCCAAACUCGUGGGCAAGAGUCAGUUAAAGUGUGUUUACUGGUGCAGUAAUUUGAAAAAAUUAGUACAGUGUCCUGAAAUUAGUUGAAAGUUAUUUGAAAAUUUGUGAAUCUUUAAUUGUUAUUUAAAGAAAAAAUGUAAAGCAUUGCUACGCAAAGUGUGUCAAGCCGCUAUUAAAUUCAUGGAGAAGUGUUACAAUACAAAACUGGAUGUGUCACUUGCAGUGACCUGUUGUGGGUUCAAUAGUUGUAACCCAAAUAUACCAUUUUAAGCCACUCAAUUAUGAUGAGGUUUGCUAACAAUGGGGAAAUCGGAAAAAUCUCAUAUUUCUCACACUUAUGGAAAGUGAACGUCGGACUUCUUGUGAUGUUCAGUCUUAUUUAUUCUGGUUCGUCCCUGAAAUGCUUCCACUGUUUGGAAAGGCCAAAGUCGACCGAAAAACAUUUGUCCUGUGCGUACUUUGACAUGUCAUCGAAAUUUCAUAAGGAAUGCACCCAUUCAACAUUUUGUAUGAAAAGAACGGCACUUUACCAGCUUCACAACGGAAGCUAUGUCACAAUUUACGUCCACAAAUGUGCGGACCAAUCCCACCGGACGAUGGUGCAGGAUAAGAAUGGGGAUUGGAAUUGGGCGAAUUUGUUGCGCUUUGAUCUCUACAACGAGGGGUGUGCUCGGCAGCAUCACAGCCCCUCCCUCCUUACAACGGAAACGUCCCACUGUUUCUGUGGGUCCGAUUUCUGUAACCGCAGUUCCUUGCCAGCAUCAUCAAAUAAGUCAUUGGUGCUCGUUUCCGCCGUGAUCACGUUUUUAGCAAUUUUUGCGUAUAGUUGAUCCUGACUGUCAAUAUAUAUAUACUGAAUAAUACAAUACAGCAAUAAUUCAUGACAAACCGUUAGUUAGUUAAUACUUCGACUUUGUUCGCAGUCGCAUUUGAGUCGAAAAUCGGUCACUCUUCUUGACAUUGACUAUGUAAUUUCAAGUUAUAUUUGUGAAUGAAUUCUUGUGGUGUGCUAUAUGCAUUCUUAUUUAUUAUUUGAUAUUACAAUCAAAAUUUGUCAGUACGCGUAUAAUUGUUAUAAUUACGUAUUGUACCUUGUCUAGCGGAUUUCUUAAGAUUUGACACAAUAUUGUGGUGAUAAAGUUGGUCAGUAAUUAAAAACCUGAUUUCGAGGGAGAAACUCAA